AUGCCAAACUGUUCCUUUCAAGAUGCUAGAACUGCGUGUAUUAACUACGAGGCAGUGAAUGAACUUGAUAUCCAGUCGCUGAAGAUUUCUAAUACUUUGCUUAGUCGUCAUGAUGAAAUACAACCUCAGGGUCAAUCAAACUUGCGUUCGUUUAACAGUGAUUCCUAUUCUCUUGUAAAUAUGAAAGGUGUUUCAACAAGGAAUUACAAAGCUACUGUCCAUUUUGCUUCAAAUAGUACUAAAUCUUGUAAUUUAAAUCUCAAUAAUUUGGGUGUUUCUAGUGAUCAUUUAUCUUUGUCUACUAUUUCGAAAGGUAAUGCUCAUAUUCAAAAGCGACUAUAUACAUCGCUUGGUUCAUUUCAUGACUUUAUUGUGGACACAGGCAGUAUAGAGUCCAUUAUUUCAUUCAACAACUUGAAAUCUCUAGAUCCUAACGUUGUGGUUCGACCCACUGAAGUAUCAAUAUUGGGGAUUACUGGACACAAACUGCCCAUACGAGGGUUUUGUGAGCUGCUAAUAAAAGAUGAUAAUUCUUCAUGCAUACCUUGUGAAUUUUUUGUUUGCGAAACAGGACUGUCAAUACUGGGUUUAAAGAAUUUGAAAAGGCUUAAGGUUGAGUUGUUCUUCUUAGUUUCUAAAGAAAAUUUUGAUACUUUACUUAAAGAUUUGAUAGCUAUGUGUGAUAAGUGCAGUGGAGGUAUGAAAAUUCAGCCUAUAAAACUUUAA